AUGCCACGACGCUCCGAUACGGCAAAACCGCCCGCCCGACAGAUCAAGACGACUCCUCCGCGAUUGAAACGUGGUUGGACGGCGUACGGCACACACGGUCCUCCGCAAGCGCUACAUGAGACGGGAGUGCCGAAUAGGACGACUCAGCGUUCUGCUACACCCUCAUUCGCCAUGCCGCGGAAUGAGGAACACGAUGGGGUCGUCGAUAAGAAUGAAGAGCUGGCUGAUGCCUUGGUGCCUCUCGUGGACGGGAUAGCCGAAGAAAUACGUCUAAAACUGCAGGCUGACGCGAAUUCGAUGGAGGCGAAGAAGGCUCAGCAUGAAAAGCAGCUGUUGGCCCUGUCAAGUCGGGUGAAUGCAGAGCUUGAAGCGACCAAAGUUUCAAUAGUCAAAGAGCUGUACGAUGCAUACGAACGGUUCAAAACCCGGACGAUGUUGUGGAGCUCGGAUGCACCACCUAGCCUUGCGAGUUUGGAUCCGAGAGUGGCAGGUGGCCCGACCUCAUCGUCGCAGCGGGUGUCGAUCAUGCCAAUCGACGAGCCACUCCAACAAAAGGCUGUCGAGUUUGUCGCAAGUACUACAUCAUUCUCAGCGGUCGUCUUUUACGAUCCCGUACGGCAGAAGAUGGACGCUGUCAUGCAUCUUCCAUCUGGCCAAGCGCUUCCGGACGUGAACCGUGUGUUGAAAAGCCUGGUCAACAGGUCCAAGUUGCCGGCAACCUGGGGACAGACUCAUUCAACGGGGACUGGUCUGCCACAAGACAACUACCUCAUGCGGCUAGCCCAACAGGCAGACGAUCAUAGCCGCUGCCUGGAAUCGGAAAGCGUGAUGCUUGAACUUCAAUUCGUCGAUGACGCCGCACUGGCUUCUAGGGCUCGCCACGGAUCUGAGACGUGGAUAUAG